AUGAGAAAACAGCAACCACUAAUACCAAAAACAAGAAAAGUUGCAAAAGGCCUUCCUAGAAUCGAAUUAUCAGAUAACUGUAAUUCAAAAGCAAGAAAUAACAAUGACGUCUAUGACGAGGAAGAUUAUCAAUACCCUAUUGAUUGUUCUCAAGAUCUAGACCACCUUUUAAAUUAUCACCAGCAGCAGCAUUAUCAACACUCGAAAACCAAAAUGCAUAAACGAGAAACUUGUCGUCAUUCCUCUCUAUUACAUUCAAAGCACCACCAACAGAUACAACAACAGACAAUAUCAAAUGGGCAAUUACCGUCUUUCAAAAAAUCCAAAAGUGGGAAUUCUCAAUGUCGAGAUUCUCGCUCUCCUGUUGUGCAAGAGGAACAAGAGAUUUCGUUUGAUGAUAUAAAAAUGUUGGUUAAUGCUCAACAUCGGAUACAUAAAGUUCGACUCUCUCAAAGAAUUGAUAGUAUUACUGGUGAUAAUAACAAGCAGAAUUACGAUGGUAUUCAUAAAAAUUCUACAACCGAAGAAAAACAUAGAGAAAAAGAAGAAAAUCGGGAUUACCGAGACUUGAGCACUCAUGAACUAGUGAUGAGAAAUCGAUUAUUACAUGAGAAAGUACAGCGACGUAUUAAAUUACUUAAAAGGAUUUUUGAAUUGAGAAAAAGAGGAGAAACGAUGACUAAUAAUGGUUCUACGAUUAAUACUUUGAAUAUAAAUGGUAAUGAUUCGUCGUCUUCUAUUGAUGACGAUGAGGAUGAUUAUAUUAAAUGUUGGGAAAGGAUGAUGCCUGAUAAAGUUAGCUGGAAUGCAUUUCUUGAAAUGACGAAAAAAGUGGAUAAAAAAUGA